CCAUUGGCGCGGGGCUAGUGACGUCAUCGACUCCGUCCGGAAGGCGGAAGUGAAGAGGCGGCUUCCGGAGCGGUGCUGGCCCGGAAGCGCGGACGGUGCCGUUAGGCUGCGGUUGGACCGCGGACCCGGCAGAUUCUGUCAAAAGAUCAGAAAGAACCAUGGUGUGCAUUCCUUGUAUUGUCAUUCCAGUCUUGCUAUGGGUCUAUAAGAAAUUCCUUGAGCCAUAUGUGUACCCUAUAAUUUCACCUUUCAUUAAGCGCAUAUGGCCUAGGAAAGCUGUGCAGGGAACACUGGCCACUGAACAUGGCCAAGGAGACAGUACUGGAACUGUGCUGGGGACUUCAACCACAAAUCUAGGCCCAAGAGAUGAUUCUGGAACAUAUAAGAUUGAAAGCAAUGGGGUUGCAAAUGGAAUUACUGCAAAGGGACCCACAGAAGUUUCCGACAAGAAAACUGAUUAAAGGAACUUUGUUCAUUAGGAAUUUCUCUUUGCUGUUCUAUGUGAACUGAUGCUACUGUUCCCACUUUGAGAUUUGGUGGCCCUUCUGCCUGAAAGGAAGCAUGAGUUGUUUGUAGCAGAGAGUUUCCUUUGCCACUGAAAUGGAUGAAGCAGCUUUCUAUUUAAAAUGUUUGAGAAGUUGUUUUAAAGUAGUCUUAUUUCUAAUUACAUUUUCCUCACUGAAAAUCUCUGCAUUUCUAAUUCAGAUUAUAUGGUUAGAUAUCCUAGACUAAUUUAUUUUUAUCAAUAAAUGAAUCUUUACAUUGUAAAUAUGUCAGAUUUUUAGGGUUGACUUGUAAUGCAUCUAAUAUUCAUGCAUUUUACAACUGUCCCUGAAGCUCCAGUUUCAUUGCAGCUUUCUGCUUUGCUCUUCCAACUGCAUGCAAAAGGUUGGGGUUUUAUUCAAUAUAGUUUGAUGGAGUAACAUGUUAGAGAUUAGUCAAUCAUUUGCUGUAAGAGCUAUAACUCUCCCUAUCCCUUCUAAAGGUGUUAUAGAUUGCACUGAAACCAGCAUGUGUCUUGGAAAUGGUAUAAAGACUAUUUAUAAAAAUGGAUCUUCACCUGGUAACCAGUAAGCUAAAGUAAGUGCAAUUUUUACAGGAUUUAUUUAGUUUAUUGGAGGCAGAAAGCAAGCCUUGCAGAAUGGCAGGGACAUAGCAUGAGAGAAGUACAGUUUUGUGCAAGGUGCAGUAGUUAAGAUGUCAGAAUUGUAAAUUUCAGAAUGAGUCCAGAAAUCUGUUUAACCGGUUUGUGUAACUUAUAAUUAAAACAACCUGGCACUUUAUUAAAAAUCUUAAUAAA